GUGUAUAUAUAUGGUGAAGUUUUGUUCCACCAACGUCCAUCCAACACCGCACAAACCCUGACGCUACCGUUGGGGUUAACAUACAGGAAAAGCGAGGGAAUUUCGGACUCGCUCCGAGUCAGAUCAUUCAGAACUCGCUGUGACUCGUUCUGCAACUCGCUCCGCCGUUUAGAUCGGCUGUGAUUUAAGGAUAAGCAGGCAUCCCACAAUGAAGGCCUUAAUUCUCGUCGGAGGAUUUGGAACUCGGUUGAGGCCGUUGACACUGAGUGUUCCUAAACCACUUGUUGAAUUUGCUAACAAACCCAUGAUCCUGCAUCAGAUUGAGGCUCUUAAGGCUAUUGGAGUGACCGAAGUGGUUCUGGCUAUCAAUUACCAACCAGAGGUGAUGCUGAACUUCUUAAAGGAAUUUGAGGCAAAGCUUGGGAUUAAGAUAACAUGUUCACAAGAGACUGAACCACUUGGCACUGCUGGUCCUCUGGCACUUGCUAGGGAUAAACUGAUUGAUGACUCCGGUGAGCCAUUUUUUGUUCUUAACAGUGAUGUUAUCAGUGAGUACCCCCUCAAACAGAUGAUUGAUUUCCACAAAUCCCAUGGAGGCGAGGCUUCCAUUAUGGUAACCAAGGUGGAUGAGCCAUCAAAAUAUGGUGUGGUUGUCAUGGAAGAAGCAACUGGGCAAGUUGAGAAAUUUGUUGAAAAGCCAAAAUUAUUCGUCGGCAACAAGAUCAAUGCAGGGAUGUACCUGCUGAACCCAUCUGUUCUUGAUCGAAUUGAAUUGAGGCCCACCUCAAUUGAGAAGGAAGUCUUCCCGAAAAUUGCAGCAGAGAAAAAGCUCUAUGCUAUGGUUCUACCAGGGUUUUGGAUGGACAUUGGACAGCCAAGGGAUUAUAUCACUGGCCUGAGACUCUACCUAAGCUCCUUGAGAAAGAACUCUCCAUCUAAGUUGGUUACUGGACCACAUAUCGUUGGAAAUGUUCUGGUUGAUGAGAGUGCUAAAAUUGGAGAAGGAUGUUUGAUUGGGCCUGAUGUUGCAAUAGGACCAGGUUGCGUGGUUGAGUCAGGAGUAAGACUCUCCCGAUGCACAGUAAUGCGUGGUGUCCGCGUCAAGAAACAUGCGUGCAUCUCCAAUAGUAUUAUUGGCUGGCACUCCACGGUUGGGCAAUGGGCUCGUGUGGAGAACAUGACCAUUCUCGGAGAAGAUGUUCAUGUCUGUGAUGAAAUUUACAGCAAUGGGGGUGUGGUUCUGCCCCACAAGGAGAUCAAAUCCAGCAUUUUGAAGCCAGAGAUAGUAAUGUGAAGGUAUGGUGUUAAGUAAGAGUCUUUUUUAAUGAAGUACUAAGUUACAGUGUUUGAAGAUUGUGCGUUUUGUUCUUUAUCCUUGCUUUUAGUUUUUCCUCCUCCACAAGUGUAAAAGUCAGUUUCAAUAACUUACUGAGUGAUGUGAGUUAUAAUUCUGCAGCAUCAGGUGUCUGUUAUGAAGGUCGUAUAAAAAUAUAUGAUCAUCAGUGUGAGCUUUGUAAUUUUUAGUGUAUAUAGAAAUAAAUUGUCAGUCGUUUUCUCUCCA